AACCGUGGGCAGCUUUGCAGUUCUCAGACUGGCUUCUCAUAGCAGCCACUUGGCUCUCACUGGAGCCUCCUGGACUGCCUUUCAAAAACUGGAGAAGAUGGGUCACAGCCACUAACCAGGGUGCUGUAGGAGGUGCCUGUGUGGGCACUCGUGAUGGUGGGGCACCAUGGUGGGGAACUUAGCGCUGAUCUUCCUGCUGGGUGAUUCUGCACCUCAGGGUUGCUAGAUCUUCUGGAUGCCGAACUACGUGGACUUUGAGGCCAUAGCACUCAUUGGAGAGACAUUUUUUGACUCCACAAAUCAUAUCAAAUCAUAUCAGUGUGCCAGAUGGCUGACUUUCUUCCAGCAAGGAACUUUAGAUUCAAGGGCAAUUAGGAAGACUUCCUGAAAGUGCUGUGGCUCAACAUCUCAGCUGAAGGCUCGCUGGAUUCAUGAAAUUCCUUCCUAGACUUGACUCCACCCAGGAAGGGUCUGAAGCCAGGUGAAGAUACUAAUGCAUGAAAAUGAAGGCUCGGGCAACUUUCAUUUGCUGUUUAGUAUUAUUUCUGGCCACAGAAUGUUCCCACCUUAGACCCAAGAUUCACAUAAAAAAUGGAGAUAAGCCUCAAAGCCCUGAAAGGAAUCCUAAGACUGGAAGGAUACAAGAGAAAUGCCAUGGAUCUUGCAGUUCUCCUUCCAACUGCAGCCAGCCCUGCGGUAAACACUUUCAUGGAGAAGUAGGAUUUACAUGUGAUCAAAAAAAGUGGCAAAAAUCAACUGAAACAUGUACAAGCCUUUCCUUGGAUACACUCUUUCAGGACUCAGACGAUGUAUCGCGCCUUUCUGUGGUAGCACCCUCCAUACCUCUGCACAUUCUUGACUUUCGAGCUCCAGAGCCUAUUGAGAGCGUGGCUCAAGGAAUCCGUAAGAACUGCCCCCUUGAUUAUGCCUGCAUAAUUGAUGUUGUGAAAUCAUCAGAAACCACAUCUGGAAACAUUGCAUUUAUAGUGGAGUUAUUAAAAAAUAUUUCUACAGACUUGUCUGACAAUGUUACUCGAGAGAAAAUGAAGAGCUACGGUGAAGUGGCUAACCACAUCCUCAACACCACAGCCAUUUCAAACUGGGCCUUCAUUCCUGACGUGAACGCCAGCUCAGAUCUGCUGCAGUCAGUGAACAUGUUUGCUGGACAGCUCCGAAUCCACAAUGAAUCUGAGAAUAUUGUGGAUGAACUCUUCAUUCAGACAAAAGGCUUUCACAUCAGCCGCAAUACCUCAGAGAAAAGUCUGAACUUUUCCAUGCACUUGAACAAUACAACAGAAGAUAUCUUAGGAAUGAUAGAAAUUCCUCAGCAGGAGCUAAGGAAGCUGCCGCCAAAUGCAUCUCAAGCCAUUAGCAUAGCUUUUCCAACCUUGGGGGCCAUUCUGAAAGAAGCCCACUUGAAGAAUGUGAGUCUUUCCAGACCUGUGAAUGGUCUGGUCCUUUCAGUGGUUUUACCUGAAAGCCUGAAAGAAAUCCUGCUCACCUUUGAAAAGAUCAACAAAUCCCGGACUGCCAGGGCCCAGUGUGUUGGCUGGCACUUCACGCAAAGGCGGUGGGACGAGAAGGUGUGUGAAACGACGUUGGAUAUCAUGAGCAAAGUCAAAUGUCGCUGCAACUACACCAAUGCGCUGAUGUCUUUUUCUAUUCUGAUGUCCCCCAGAUUGGUGACUGACAAAGUUCUGGACUACAUCACCUGUAUUGGGCUCAGCAUCUCAAUCCUUAGCUUGAUUCUCUGCCUGAUCAUUGAAGUUACGGUUUGGUCCCGGGUGGUUGUGACCGAGAUAUCAUACAUGCGUCACGUGUGCAUUGUGAACAUAGCAGUGUCACUGCUGACUGCUAAUGUGUGGUUCAUUGUAGGCUCUAUAUUUAACAGAAAGGACCAGGACUACAACUGGUGUGUUGCAGUGACAUUUUUCAGCCAUUUUUUCUACCUCUGUCUGUUUUUCUGGAUGCUCUUCAAAGCACUGCUCAUCGUCUAUGGAAUACUGGUCAUUUUCCGGAGGAUGAUGAAGUCCCGCAUGAUGGCCAUUGGUUUUGCCAUUGGAUAUGGGUGCCCGUUGGUCAUUGCUGUCACCACAGUUGCAGUCACAGAGCCAGAGAAGGGCUAUGUGAGACAGGAGGCUUGCUGGCUUAAUUGGGACAAUACCAAAGCCCUUUUUGCAUUUGUUAUCCCAGCCUUGGUCAUUGUGGCUGUGAAUCUCAUUGUGGUUUUGGUUGUGGCUUUCAAUACUCAGAGACCCUCUAUUGGCAGUUCCAAGUCUCAGGAUGUAGCCAUAAUUAUAAGGAUCAGCAAAAAUGUUGCCAUUCUCACUCCAUUGCUGGGACUGACCUGGGGUUUUGGAAUAGCCACUCUCAUAGAAGGCACUUCUUUGAUAUUCCAUAUAAUCUUUGCCCUACUAAAUGCUUUCCAGGGUUUCUUCAUCUUACUUUUUGGAGCCAUUAUGGAUCACAAGAUAAGAGACGCCUUGAAGAUGAGGAUGUCAUCACUGAAGGGGAAAUCGAGGGUAGCAGAGAAUGCAUCACUAAGCCCAACCAAUGGAUCUAAAUUAAUGAAUCGUUAAGAAUGAAAUGUUGCCUCCUUCCUUGAGGAUGUCCUGCAAAUGAGACUGAGAGUGAGCUCCUGGAGGAAGACAAGGAAGCCAGGCUUGACUGAGAAGAGACUGCCAUGCUUCCUUGAAAGACAUUUUCCUUCUUCCAGCAGUGACACCCAAGCUCUUGAUGUGCAAAUAUUUGAUGAGAAAAGUUUAAGGAUGGCAUUUGAUGACUGGGCUUUAGCAAUGCUGAUAGACUGACCUGUUGACCUACCCUUGACGUACAAGAGGUUGUUUUCCUGGCCAAGCUUGGGAAGAUUAGCAAUGAACCUGCCGAAAUGUUAUGGUCUCCUUGGCAAGACUGAGGUUACUGGGUUUCUACUGGACUUGGUCUGCUUUUCUUUCUGAUACCAGUGCUAUACCUCUAUGAUUCCAUCAUCAUCUCUUUGCACAGAUUCUGGGCACUUUGGGGAAUGGGGGCUCCAUCCAACUUCAGGGGUAAGGAUAGAAUAGCAAUGGGAGGGCUAGGCAGGAGAAACAGUCUACUUUGGAGACAGUUAUGGCCUGUGGGCUCCCUAAAGGUAAGGAACAGAGGAGAAGUCUGAGAAUUAUUUAAUGUGUUUGUUAUUUUAAUCUAUGUUAGACACUGAUGAAAUAAUUUAGUUUCUAGAAUCUUAGUUUCCUCAUGUGUGAAAAAGAAAAAAUAUUCUUGUAGGUUUUAUUGUUUGUGUGUUUUGUGUGUACCUGCACACAGAGUGCAUGUAUGUCUUUUUAAACCACUAUAAAUAAAGAAAAUUCAUGUUGUUAUUUUAGAAAUAACAAUGAAUAUAUUUAACUUUCACAACAUGCUCAUGUGUGCCACGAUAAAUUUCCUCACUGGUACCACAAGAUUCUUGUGUACUAAUUCUAUUUUCAGUCCACCUGAACUCACUGUAUAGACCUGCAGGAGGCUAGAGAAUGAAAUCCUAUCAUAUGCCCACAAUGAAGCAACUUAGAAAUAUUUGGCAAAAAGCACUACUUUGGACUGCCUUUCAGGGCCUCUCAAUGAAAUCUCUAUCACCAGUUUGGUUUUAAAUAGCAAGGCAUUUAGUAGUGCCCUAGACGGACAUAUGAAUGGGAGUAAAGCAAUAUAAAGUAAAAGCCAUAAAAGCAAUUUAAUCACCCCCUUGACAUAAAACAAGAAAAACUGGAUGAAUGCCUCUUUGUAGGGCUGCUGUCAACAGUUGAGCUCAUGGAAGGUGAGUGUUACUGUGGUUACCAGAGUCUAGGAGAGAUACUAAGUUAGAGUUAGAUAGUAGUGAGAUAUUUUGGUGAUAUAUUGCAUAGUAGGGUGACUAUAAAUAAUAAUAAUGUACAGUAUAUUGCUCUAAAAACAACUAGAAGAAAGGAUUUUGAAUGUUUUACCAUAAUAAAUAAUAAAUGUUUGGGUAGAUAGGUAUGUUUACCCUGAUUGAACAUUAUACAAUGUAUACAUAUAUCAAAGCAUUAUAUGGUAACCAUCCAUAUGACCAUUUUGUGUCAGUUAAAAAUUUAAAAAAUAAACAUAAUUACAAGAACAAAA